ACUAUGGAGAGCCCUAGUAGUCAAGUCAAAGACGUUAACUAAUACUAUAACUAUAACUAUAACUACAUAAAUAAAAAUGUUUAGUAGAAGUAUAGUAAGAUCCACUAAUAGCAUACUGCAAACUUUCACUCGUAAUGUGUCUCGUAAUGUGUCUAUGCUGGGGGAAGUUACCCUUUCCAAUAGAAGAAUCAUGAGAAAAAUCAAGAUGGGGAAAGCUAGACCAGCAAUCUUUUAUCAAUUCGAUACAUUAGUUGAAUUAAGUGACGGAUCUGUGGUUCGUAGAAGGUCACAAGCACCUAAAGAUGAAAUUAGAAUGAUUUCCGAUCAAAGAAAUAGUGAACUUUGGAAUCCUCAUAGAUCUGAUUUGGUUCUGGUGGAUCCAAAUUCAGCAGGUAAAAUUCAAAAGUUUAAUGAAAGAUACUCAUUAUUUGAAGGUAAAGCAGACAUACCGAGCGAAACUGAUGAAUCUCCUAAGCAGUCAAGUGCCAAGAAAGAUGAUUUCCUUGCCUUAUUAGGUGAAAAUGCUACUGAAGUUCAAAAAGGUGGUAAAAUGUUUAGUAAAAAGGAAUUAAAGACUAGAAAAUAAACAACUAACUAACUAAGUAAACUACACCCUGUACAUAAAUAUAUGAAAAUUCUACUUCUAUUAUACAUACUUUUUACUAUAUACAUGCAAAUAAAUGAUAUGUUACA